GAGGCGGUCGCUGCAGCAGCAGCCGGUUUGCCCGUGGCGCGCUUCACGCUCACCAACGAGGUGACAUUAGCCGGGCUGCCAGAGAAGGAGCCAGGAGACCGAUUUGUUGGCAUCUUCCGCGGCUUCAUGCUGUCUCAGGGGCGUCGGCAGUUCUUGCACGACAAGCUUCGCGAGCUUGGCGUCGAGCUGCUCGUCACGCCGGCAGAGUAUGCGGCUGCACACCUUUUCCCUGCUACCUAUGCUGCCCUUCGACCGCUCUCACCUCGGGCCGCGUGGGUGUCUGUGGACCCGAAGAGGGUUCAGCCUGCGAACUUUGCGGAAGUCGUGCAGAGCGUCUCCGGCUGGGGAUGUCCUUACGUGCUGCUGAAGGACUUUGUGAAAAGCGCCAAGGCGCAUGGCCAGCGCUUUAUGAAGGUGCCUGUCGAUGGAGACCUCCCCGAGCUGGCCUGUGACUUCGUCGCGGCCAGGGGGUCGCAAUUCAACGAAGGCGUCGUCUUCAAGGAGUACGUGGAUCUUGUUCGCUACGCUGCCCGAGGAGAACCCACGACCAACGAGUGGCGCUUGUGGUUCAUGCAGGGUCGGCUGGUGGAGGCCUCCCCAAACUCGUUUCAG